AUGAGGCCUGUCAUCUUACUGGCGCUGCUGUUCUCCAUGUGUGGAGCUCAGACUCGGAGCACCCAGAAAGAGAGCCAGGACACUGGGGCUGUUGCUGCCGAAAUCUCUACCCAGCUGGAUGUCUCUGCUGAGCUGAAGGAACUCAGAGACAUGGUGGUGGAGCUGAGGGUAAUGCUAAGAUAUACUCAAGGUGAGGUAGAGGUACUGGAGACUGAAAAUGCAGCAAUGAAGACCAGGCUGACAGUCACUGAGACUGAAGUGACACAUCUGAAGAUGGAAAACGAAGCCACUGUGACCGAACUAAAGGAGCAUAGGGAGGAGCUGGCAGCUCUGAAGACCAGGCUGAAUGAGGGUGAAACUGAAGUGAUGAACCUGAAGAAAGAAAAUGUGGAACUCAAGACCAGACUGGCAGCCACGGAGACUGAUGUAGAGAAUCUGGAGACAGAGAUCAAAGCAGCACCCAAGGUGGCAUUCUCAGCAGCUCUACCUAGCUCGGAAUUCACAGAGGCUGGGAGUAAUGACCUGAACUUGGUCUUUAGUAGAAUUAUCACUAAUGUUGGACAGGCCUACAGCAGUGUGUCAGGCUUCUUCAGAGCUCCAGUCAGGGGGCUCUACUACUUCAGAUUCACUGUUAUGGAGGAACAUUAG